GUACUCAUGGCCUGCUCUCUGUUUGUGACAGCCAAAUCUCCGUAAGGCUCUGGCGCUUUGAAAGUGGUUACCCAAUGAUUAAAUAUUAUUAUUUAUAUGAAAUUUGAUUCUGUGAUAGUUAUGUAUCGUUAAAAAUGAACAGUUUGGGUUUGAGUUUGAUUUUGAAAAUGGGGUGCAUUUGCGCCAAGGAAACAAUCACAGUUAAUGGAAGGAAAUACACUGUGCGUGAACAUCUUGGAGAAGGAGGAUUCAGUACUGUCUCUUUGGUCGAGGAUUCUCUUACACAUAAAAAAUAUGCUGUCAAAAAGAUUGUCUGCCAUGGACCGGAGGACCAAAGAUUGGCCUUGAAGGAAAUAGAAUAUCAUACAAUUAUAAAACACCCAAAUGUCAUAGAGUGCAUCGAUUCAACACACAAAGGCACUGCUGAUCCGGUAGUUAAUGCUACUAGUGAAGUGCUGCUCAUUUUACCCUACUAUCACAAAGGCACUUUGGCCAACGAACUGGAGCGGCGAGGAAAAGCGUCCGACUACAUGAAUCCUAAGGAAAUUCUCGAAAUAUUUUUGCAAAUUUGUGACGGAGUCAAAGCGUUCCAUGAAGCUAAACCCGAGCCUUUAGCACACAGGGAUUUGAAAACUGCAAACAUUGUUCUUGGCGAAGGGCUCACCCCAGUGAUUAUGGAUUUGGGAUCAGUAGCACAAGCCCGGAUCAAAGUAUGUGGAGCACAAACGGCACAAACAUUACAGGACGUUGCCGCUGAAAGGUGCUCGAUGCCUUAUAGAGCACCAGAGUUAUUUAAUGUAGACAGUUAUUGUAUGAUUGAUGAGAGGACAGAUAUUUGGUCACUUGGCUGUAUUUUGUAUGCACUUUGUUACUUCAAAUCACCAUUUGAUACCGUGUAUGAGCGAGGGGACAGCGUAGCGUUGGCAGUGAUGAGCGCCAAUGUUUCAUUCCCGGAAAAUGCACCGUACAAUGAGGAUGUUCAGCAAUUAAUUCUUUCAAUGCUGAAAGCUAACCCGAUGGAAAGACCUUACAUCUAUAGUGUUAUUGAACACACACACGAUGUUUUGGCAAAACUAGAGGGCAGGGUCUAACCCUUGUUGACGACAAUAUGCAAACUAAUUUUCCUGUAAAUGAUUGCAACGGCGAUGAAUUACUUAGAUAUUUUCAUACAAAGAAAUACGAAAAUUAAAGUUUUCAAAUUCUGUACAGUCGAAACGAAAAUCCAGGAUAUUCUACUACAACAAUGUUGGCUGGUAACCAAAAAUUCAUCAAAUUGACGAUUUAGUUACGGAUAUUUAUUCAGUAUAGUCCAAUUCAUGCCUGAGAUGAAUGAAUCUUUUAUAAAUAUCAUUAAAAAUGUUAUUCCUGUUCACGAUGACAGUACGUUGAAACUGUCGGAGAGAUGAAUGAAUUAUUGAACGGAAAAUAUUUUUUCACAAAAUCGAAACAGUAAGAUUCUUU